CCGCCCCUCAGGCGAGCUCGUCCUCCCACGAGGCCACCACGGUCCACAGCAUUGCGACCGGACGCAACGAUGUCGGGCUUCGAGGUCGCUGGCAUCGUGCUCGGCUCAAUCCCGCUCGUCAUCUCGGCGCUCGAGCAUUACGGCGAAGGCCUCUCGACAAUUCAGCGAUGGCGGAAGUACAAGCGGGAGCUACAGAGCCUUGUCCGCAACCUGCAAACAGAGCGCGUGAAGCUGCAAAACGUCUGCGAGAAGCUCCUGGUGGGGAUUGUCCCGCCUUCGGAUAUCGAAGCCAUGAUCGACGAUCCUCUCGGAGGUCUCUGGCGCCAGGACGCCGUCCAAAAAAGGAUCCAAUUUCGCCUCUGGAAGUCUUACGACGUGUUCGAGGCCACCAUCAGCGAUAUCAAGCUAAGGCGGGGCAUAUUCACUCUAAAACGCUCACGCUACGACGACCAGCUCUCCACGAUCCGGAACGGCGUGUCGAAUCUGGAGAACCUUACAGACCGAAAUAUCGAACUUGAGCCGGAGCGUCGAGUACGGUCUCAAACAAAACUGUUUACAGUAUUGCGGGACAUGGCUACCAGUUUCCACCGGGCAUUACGGAGUGGCUUUCGGUGUUCCUGUAAACAUGAUGUGGGCUUGGGGCUGCAGAGACGCUCGGCCGACAUCUGCCCGACAGACGACAGCGACAAGAUCAUGAAGGACCUCUGCUUUCGGCUAGCCAUCUCCUUCGUGCCGAAAGCACACCUCGGCGAAGCAAGCCCAGAAGAAAUCUCAACUUGGCAAGAGGUCCUCAUCAGAGCAGCAUGGGAACCUGCUUCUCGGACUCUCAGUCCGAGCUGUACGACGAAAUCAACCCCGGCUCAAACCAGGGUGAAGGCAAGGAAGGCUGUAUCUUUCGGCUUUUCUCAGUCAACCACAUUGACCUCAUCCACCAGCACGACCACUACUACCAUAGUCACGCAAACAAACACAGAGCUACAGACGCUGCUUCCUAAGCUGACUCUCAGCAUCGCCAGUGGCGUCGCAUUCUCAAACGCCGGGGAUAAUACCCUGGACGAUCUAUGCGAAAAGCUCCGCCAGUCCCAGAAACAAGCAGCAACGGACACUUACGGAAUUCUCAUCGACCAACUCCCACAGUCCUCUACUAGUACUAGUACUAGGCGGUAUUCCAUCCACCCGGCCCCCGACUCCAAUGACUCGCACUCCUCCUGGUCUCUGGUAUCCUUACGAGAGAUCCUGGAACACAAGGCUCUUUUCCCUCCCUUAUCAUACAGAGACCGUCUCCGACUGGCUGUGACCAUCUCUUCGAGCGUCCUGCAACUCCACGGCACCCCCUGGCUGCCCACCAUCCUGACGAGCCGCCAUAUCUAUUUCAUCCGGAAGCCUGAUAGCCCAACAAUGUACUGGUAUCCCAUUCUGCUGAAACAGCAUCAUCCUCCUCUGGAAGGGAAAGACCAGCUUGAGCCGGUCAGCGAUUGCGGAGGUACAACUACUGGUAGUAGUAUCAUGGCCAAGCGCAACCCGACGCUCCUGUCGCUCGGCUGCGUGCUGAUAGAGGUCAUCUUGGGAAGGACGCUCGAUCAAUCUCGUGGUGGUGGCUCUCCGAACCGACAAGAUGUGGGCGUAGAUCUCAUGUCCGAUUAUGUCGCCGCGCAGAGCCUGAUGGAUGAGGUCCGCAUGAAAAGCCUGAACUACGAGGCGGCCGUGGCGAGAUGUGUGGAUGAUGGGAAGCUCCACAGGCAUGACCGCGGGCUGGAAGAUGUGGAUUUGUGUCAGGAUGUGUAUUCGCGGGUUGUGGCGUUGUUGGAGAAAGAUCUGGAGACCUCGUGAACCGAGGAAACGAAUGUUCUAGGUAGGGCUUCGCAUGUCAGCAGGAUGAGGAUGGUGUCAUCAAAAGGCAGUCUCUCGUCAUGGCUGAUGGAGGGAGUUGCGAGGACUUCCGUUUAUACCCUCCUGUAAGGAUUGUGUGUUUGCUAAGAUUAUUAAGAUAAUGAGGUUAUGCUGGAUUGCAGACCUCUCUGCCAGGUAUCCUACCGUACCUUAUAUCUCAUGAAGCGAUAUUACUAUGGAUAUUGGAUACGGGGUUAACAGGUCGACGGGGGUUACUUGUUCUAGCUCUCAGUAUUGGCUUUUGAACAGCCAAGACUUACCACUUGACGCUCUCACGGUCUCACCAUUGUAAUGAUGCUCAACGAUGCUAAACGGUAAUGAUGUAUUGUAUAGCA